AUGAGUGAUCAUAUUGGUCCGUUUAUUGUUGAGCGAUGGCCGGAUAGACAGGCUAUGGGCGAAGGAUAUCACUGUGAGACGUUAGAAAAAGUGAUUCUAAAGUCAAGCAACACUUCACCAGAUUUGAGUUCAGAGGCCAAGGUUUUGCGAUCUUUAUCUGGUGGUGCUGGCAUCCCUGCUCUUCACUGGUUCGGGAAGUCCCACGGGCAGAUGAUGAUGAUAACGGAAAUGGCCGGAGUUCCGCUUGAGCAUAUCUUUAAUCAAGGUGGUCGGUACUUCGAGUUGCAAAUUCUCUUAGAAUUUGCGCAUCAGCUUAUCUGUCGACUUGAAUGGAUACACUCUCGCUCGGUUUCCCAUGGAAAUCUCAAUCCAGCUAUACUUACGCUUGGAGCUCCAUCAUGGCAAGCACCUCAAGUCACCAUCUCAAACUUCGGAACCGCUGAGUUCUCUCAGUUUUCACCAAGGAAAGAUCUUGAAGAUAUAGGCGAUAUCAUUAUAUACUUUGCUACUGCAUAUACCUCCUGGGAUAGCUUCAAAGCAUCCAAGCGCCAUGAGCAAGAAGUCCCAUCUAUUCUUAUGGCUUAUUUUGCUAUAAUACGGUCCCAGGAUCUCAACCUUGCUGACUAUUCGACCAUUCGGAACCAUUUCGAUGGCGCCCGCCAACUUCUCAAUCGAACACUAUUUGGCGGGAUUUCCGACCCCGAGCAACAACAUUUGAGCCUGAAGAAUCUCUCUCUAAAGAGUACAGGUGAUCUUUUUGAGGAUCUUGGAGUGAAUCUGACCAUCACAAACUAG